AUGUCUCUCGGUAAGAAGGUCUCUCUCAACACUGGUCACCAGAUCCCCCAGCUGGGCUUCGGUACUUGGCAAUCUGCCCCUGGUCAGGUUGGUGAGGCUGUCUAUGAAGCCUUGAAGGCCGGUUACCGCCACCUGGAUUUGGCAACUAUCUACCAGAACCAGCGUGAGGUUGCUGAAGGCAUCAAGCGUGCUUACAACGAUGUUCCUGGUCUGAAGCGUGAGGACCUGUUCAUUACUUCCAAGCUAUGGAAUAGCCAGCACCGCCCCGAAGUGGUUGAGGCUUCUUUGGAUGCUUGCCUUGCUGAACUCGAGUUGGAGUACCUCGAUCUGUACCUUGUCCACUGGCCCGUUGCUUUCCAGAAGGGUGAAUCAUACUUCCCCCUCGUUGCAAACAGCAACGUCGAUGGUGGUGAUGUGGCCAUUGACGAUGAUGUUUCUAUCGUGGACACCUGGAAGGCCAUGACCAAGCUCCCCAAGAGCAAGGUUCGUUCCGUCGGUGUUUCCAACCACAAGAUUGAGCACCUUGAGGCACUCAUCAAAGGCACCGGUGUCGUUCCUGCCGCCAACCAGAUCGAGCGCCACCCCGUGCUCCAGAGCAAUGACCUAAUUGAGUACUGCCAACAGAAGGGGAUUCACAUCACCGCUUACUCUGCUUUCGGAAACAACAUGUUUGACGUUCCCCUUCUCAUCACUCGUCCCGAAGUGAAGGAAGUUGCCGAGUCGGUUACCAAGCGCACUGGCCAGGAAGUUACCCCCGCUCAUGUCAUUCUUGCCUGGUCUCAGGUCGGUGGCCACAGUGUCAUCCCCAAGUCGGUCACGCCCUCGCGCAUCCGUGACAACUUCAAGGAGGUGGAACUCACCUCCGAAGAAGUUGAAAAGGUCAGCGCUCUCGGCCAGAACCGGAGACGCUACAACACUCCUUAUGUCGCCAACAAGCCUCGCUGGAACAUCGAUAUCUUCGGCGAGCCUGAAGAGAAGGCUGCUGACCAUAAGGUUAUUCUCGGCGUUUAG